UGGUAUGCAAUGGCUAUGCACUUAACCUCAAUGAUUUACUUUAAUGUUACCAUGUUUUUGAAUGUUUUGGAAGUUAAGUUGAAUGCGGAAGUAUGUUUACCGGUCGUUAUUUGCAAUUUUGUGGCAGAAUUAUAAAACGUUGUUACUUUAUGCCAAUUACAACGGUAAACCUGAGAAAUUUUAGCAAUCAGCGAAAUAGAGGUGCUGACGACCCCCAAGAUUCUAAUAUACCGGUAGGGCUUGGAAGUAAAUACAAAGUUUUUCGAGAUGACGACUCCGUAGAAAUAUUGGAUGUAGAUGAAGAACAAUUAAAAAAUGAAGAGCAAAUUCAGAAAGAAAAGUUACAGGAGUAUGAUGAAUACAAAGGAUUAAAUCUUGAGAGAGGCGAAACUGGUGUUUUUGAAAUUGAGGAUCUUAUUGAAGUUCUGAAGAGAGACAAUGCUGAAGAUGUUUUUGUGGUUGAAUUACCCAAAGAAAUUAAUUUCGUGAAGUAUAUUUGUAUUGUCACUGGCAAAUCAAGGCGACAUAUGUUGGCAAUAGCACAAUUCGUUCGAAAAUUAUAUAAACGUAAAAUGCAUGACACAGAUUUAAUACCAAAAAUAGAAGGAAAAGAUUCAGAUGAAUGGCUUGCUUUAGAUUUAGGUAAUAUUGCAUUACAUAUUUUCUCUAAUGAGGCAAGAUGUAAAUAUGAUUUGGAUUCUUUAUGGGCGGUGGGUUCCGAAUAUGAUCCAGAAUCUAAUAAACAAGACCCACUUGUUGAUUUAUUAGAAAAACACUCGAUUUAUUUAAGUGAUUUAAAACCCGCCAGUUAAGAAAUUUGUUUUGUAAUUGUAGUAAGGAAACGUUUGGCCAAAAUUGGCCUAAUUGUGGAAUCGUGGUUUAAACAAUAUUUAAUCGUAAGUGGGUUACUGGAUGAGAAACUCCAUAUAUGUUGAGAAAAACCCCCUAAGUGGCCAUAAAUAAAAUGAAUGUGAAGAUUUUUGUAAGAAUGCACUAAAAUUGUCCAAACUAAUUUGAAUGUAAAUAAAAAUGGUUUUGUAUUUUUAAUGAA